CCGAGAUGCUCUACGGGCUCAUCCACGCGCGCUACAUCCUGACCACCAAGGGCAUGGCCGCCAUGUUAGAAAAGUACCAGAACGUCGACUUCGGCCGCUGUCAUCGCGUCUACUGCCAGGGCCAGCCCGUGCUGCCCGUGGGCCAGUCGGACGUGCCGCGGCACACGACCGUCAACGUCUUCUGCCCCAAGUGCCGCGACAUUUUCUUCCCCAAGUCGCAGCGCGCAGGCCAGAUUGACGGCGCGUACUUCGGCGCGACGUUCCCGCAUGUGUUCCUUAUGACGCAUUCCCAUCUUGUGGUGCCGCCACCGACGCAGACGUACGUGCCGCGCGUGUUCGGCUACAAGAUCCACAGCUCGAGCGAGUACUACACUGGCAAGAAGAAGGGUUCGUCCGGCCGCGAGCGGGAAAAGUACCGGAAAGUCAUGACUUUGAUUGACCGCUUGAAGGGUCGACCAAACGACGAACAGGCUAGGUGAACGAUCUCCCACGUGAGCAGAGGCCUCUCCCCCGCACCGAGGUGUGGGAAGCAAAGGAGGAUGGAUACAAGGGGCGGGGAGGGAGGAAGGGAGGGAUGAUCUUUUGCUUUUUUGCGCCUGGAGGACUCGCGAGGACCGGCGACAAGCGCUGCAUAUGACUUUGCGAAGGCUCUCCGGUGGCUAUGAGGCGACACAACGCGAGCGGAUAUUCGCUUACUAUUUGACUAGCGGUGGAAGCUGAUCGACGGCGUAAUGUACAUGUGCACCGUUCAUUGC